AAUAGGAGUUACAACUUGCGGGUUGCGCGUGGAUGCUGUCCCUGCAGGGCGAGCUGAGGUCACUGACCCCAGGUGCCAAGAUGGCGGCCGUUCAGCUGACAGGAGUUCAUGUCCUUUUGGUCAUCACGUUCGGCAUCAUGGCAUUCUUCCUGCUGUUCCUGUUUGCUAAGAGACAGAUCAUGAGGUUCGCCCUAAGGUCACACCGAGGACCACAUGUGCUGGUGGGGUCAGCCUCUCCUGGGUCCAUGAAAGAGGAGAUAGAGAGACGGCUAGACAGGAUAGCAGGCAUCAAGUAUGAACCAAGGCUCCUGUGUGCUGUGGAGCCUGGCAUGCUGGCAGAGCCUACAGAUGGAACAGUUGAAGGAGACUACAACUACAUUUAUAGGAUGAAAGCAGUGGAUGCAGCUGCACUACUGGAUGCCCAGUUACAGGAGCUGGACCCUGAGUUGCGGCGCCCGGCAGGGAAGAGUUUCCGACAGCACCUGACGGAGCUGCGUGAGGGGCCGGGCGCACCGCUCAAGUCCGCCAAACUCUCCCUCUGUAACUCCUUCGCAGAUUCCUACGAACAUGCCAGGCAUGGGCAGAAGCCCUUUGGUGAAGCGGAGUACAGGAAGUAUGUGGCAACUUUGAAUGAGUUGCUGACCUGCAUCAAGAACAAAAUCUACAGAAAGAAGAGCCAUGUGACCUUCCAGAAUGUUGCGCAGGUGUACAGCAACAGCACCAGCAGCCACAAGAUGUCAGCAGACAGCAUCCUGCUGGCCGAGGAGGAAGCUGUCGCAGGGAGGGGGGAGGAGGAGAUAGAGCUGGAUGUGCUGGACGCAGAUUCCAGCGGCGCAUCGUACGAAACCUCGGUGUAGAACAGAGUUGCUGUAAAUGCAGAAACUUUCGCAGUGGUUUAAUGUUCGCGGUUUUUGCUUCACCGCGAAUCUAAAACCACCACAAACAUUUUCCU